AUGGGGAACUUGAAAACUGUGCAGAACUCUGCAGAGAAUGAUGAUGUGCGAGGAAAUAAACCACCUAUUUUCCUUCAUGUUCCUCGGAACCAUAGAAUUUCUGUGCUUGAGGCUUCUGGUGACAUUGAGCCAACUCAAUCCACNAGUGCUGCUGACAGCAGGGCUCCUGCUGACAUAGAACCAACUCCUUNACAAAGUGCUCCUGACAGUGGUGCUCCUGCUGAUGUUGAGAAAAUUCCUUCCCCAUGUCCUGCAGACAGUUCUGAAUCUGAUGAAAAAUAUGACUCAGAAACAGGUGAGGAACCCAGUCCUGUUCCUGACCUAGAUGAAGAUCUAGCUGAGGUUUUUUAUGAUGCUUUAGAGUCAGCCGAUCACACUGGCCAUAGCGGGUCCACUGUCCAGGAACCUGGUUUUCUCUGGCCACCAGAUAAGCUACUGCUGCUGGUAAUGCCCUUGAUGUGGUUUCUUACAUUCUUGUUAUCAAUGAUGACAUGGACGAGAAAUCAAAUUCAGCAGGUGUGGUAUGAAGAAAAUGGCCAAGGACCUCCCUCCAACAGAAACGAUAAACCAGAUGCUGCUGGAGCUGAACACUCCAACACACACUGACAUAUCCAGACAAAGUCAGUGAGGAAGAA